GCACUCGGGAGAUUAUUCAUAGGUAGGACUGCGUUAGCAAUGACGCUACUCUGCAGGCAAACACAACAACAAUCUCCAGUUCUUUUUUAUUUUCUGCUCAAGUUUGUAGAUUUAUGAUUUCCCGCAAACAAAAGCGAGUAUGGAAAUACAUAGAGGAGGGUAGCGUGCUGAAGCUGAAGUCGUACCUCAAGAAGCACCGCCACGUGGACCUAAAUUUCUCCCAGGGCCGUAGGCAGAGGAGCCCGCUGCACCUGGCCUGCUGCCUGGGAGAUGACGCUGUGCUGCGGCUGCUUCUCAAACACGGCGCUGGAGUUUUGCUCAAGGACCAUAAAGGAGAUACAGCAUUACACAUCGCUGCCAACAGAACACUGAAGCACGGGAAAACUGCCUAUGACGAUCUGGUCGUGCCUCUGCAGAAGAACUACCCCGAAGCCAUGUAUGUUCCCAAUAGAGCAGGAGUCACUCCAGAGGAUAUUCUUAACUGGAUGAAGCACUCAGAGCCAAAUGCUGGGACCAGCCACCAAUCGCAAAGGGAUCCAGAGAGAGAAUGGAUGGAGAAGCUGUUUGAUGAGUGUGAAGAUGAAUUCUUUGAAACCUUUGGUGUAUAUGAUGCUGAUGACUUUCUUCCUGUUGAUGACGAAGAUGAAGACUUUGGAGAUUGGGCAGAACGUAUCAGAAGAGAAUAUUUUGAUAAAAAGCAUGCUGAAGCUCAGAGACUUGCAGGACCAUGUUCAAGAUCAAAAAGAAGGAAAACUAAAGAGGAGAGACAGCAGGAAGAGAGAAGCCACAAAGAACACCUCAAGAGACUGCAGAGGGAGCAUGAGGAGUACUUGUCCCAGGCCACUCGAAAACAGGAUGAAGUGCGACAAGGCAAGAAACGACGCUAUGAAGAACGCUGUGCAGCAACCUUUCAGGCCUCUUCCUCCACAGCUGACACUAGGCUGUGCUAUAGUGACAUCCCCUGGCCAGCCCCACAAGGCACUGUUCAAGAGAUGGUUGAUGUUAUGCUACAUGGUGUUGACAAGAAAGAUACAGCAGCCUUCCGUAAAAUUCUUAGGAAGCAACAGACCCUUUGGCAUCCAGACAAGUUUGCUCAGAGAUGUGGUACUAGACUGGCGGAGAAGGAUAGGCAGCGCAUCCUAGACACUGUCACGGCUUUGUCCCAGGAGCUCAACAGCCUGGCACAAAGUCUUAAAGCAUAAUAAAAGAGUUCCAGAUGAGAAACAAUUAAAAUGUUUGGAACAAAGAAGUUGGCUGUCACAGUAAAAUAUACAAGCAUAGACUCUAAUUUGUUCACAUUUUAUGUAGAAAGGUUAAGGAACCCCCUGCACACUGUCUCACUCUUGAUUCAAUUUAAUUCUUACAAUGUUGCAGUCGCUUUCAAAACGACCUUUUAGACCAAGUGCUUCUCGUCCUAUGCUGUUGUUCAGUCAGGUGUGGAGUCUACACAGAAACGUGCACUUUUUAUGUAUUAAUAUUUUUUAUAUGUGUAAAUGACAAAAAACAAACAAACCAUGCAUCUAAUGAUAUUCUUUGAGUGUAUUUACAUAAAUUAGCAUACAUUGUGACCUUUUGAGUGAAGGUAUUUAUUUUUGUGUUUUUUGUUGUUGUUUUUAACUCAAUGAUUAAACAGUCUCAAUAUUGAUGCUGAUUUGUGGUUUAUUUGGUUGGUAAAAUAUGAAUAGGAAAUCUGCAUAAAACUACCUAAAUUAUUACAAGACAAAGGGAAACAGACCAUUGGUCUGUUUUCGCUGAUGAAAUCGAAAAUUCUCUGGUUGCCAGGUUGGGCGUAUUUCUCGUACAUCUCUAAUAGCGUCUUAUUACAUCUAACGGUAUUACUACUGUAAUGAACGUAUUUUACCAUGUUAUUCUUGCACGCAUCAUUUUAUGAAUGUUCUUACUUUAGAAGCUAAGUAUGUGUAAAGGUCUUCAAAUAUUAUUAAUCUAUCUUAGAUUAUUAUUAAUAAUAAUGGCUUCUUCU